CACUCAUAUAGUAUUAAAACUCUCCUACAAUCAGCUGUUUUAAAUAUCUGUUAUUACUAUCGUUGUUGUUGUUGUUGUUGUUGUUGUUAUGUUAUUAUUAAUAACUGAAAUUGAAAUUGAGCUUUUUUUCCCCAAAUAAAUCAUGUUUUUCAUUGCAAGUUUGAAAACAUCUGAUUACCAGAACUAUUAACGAUUGUUGUACUCUGGAGACCUGUUUAAACUGAGCUCUGUGUUUUAUUACAUCUCUGUUCCUGAAAUGCUGUCACACAUCGUUCAUUUCUGGAGACAUUACAUUACAUUACAUUUCAUGUAAUUUAGCUGACUCUUUUGUCCAAAGUGACUUGCAGUAAGUAAUUCAACCUGAUGGUACAAGCCUCAGACCACAGGAACCAAGUAAGAACAGAACUUUAAGAGCCAACUGUAACCGCUACAGGAGUGCUAUACGCUGAAGAAGAAGGGCUUGUUUUGUUUAUUUAUUUUAAAUUAGCGACCAUGACUUAGCAGAGGUAUUGUUGAAGAGGUAGGUCUCCUGCAGUGGAAGAUGUCUAGGCUGUCCUGAUGUCGGAGGGGAGCUCGUUCCACUAUUUGGGUGCCAGGACAGAGUAAAGUCUGGAAGAGGUUUUGAGGCGAGUUGACCCUUGUAGGGUGGGAGUCUCCAGCUGUUUGGCUGAUGCAGAGCGGAGAGGACGGGCAGGAUAGUAGGGUUUGACCAGAUCCUGGAUGUAAGCUUGGCCUGAACUAUUUGCAGCGGAGUACACCAGAGCUGAGUCUUGAAGCAUAUCAGCCACUGGUAACCAGUGGAGGGAGGAGUGGUGUUGAUUGAAGACCAAUCGAGCAGCUGCAUUCUGGAUGAGCUGCAGAGGUUGGAUGGCUUUGGCAGACAGACCUGCCAUGAGGGAGUUGCAGUAGUCCAGGCGUGAGAUGACCAACCAGCCUUUCCUCAUGUCAAAACCGAGAAGGCGGAACAUCAUGCUGCCUGGCGCCGCCAGCGGGACCAAGAAGACCCCCGAAGAAGAAAAAGAAGAAGAGGAGGAAGAAAAAGAGGAAGCGAGCAUGGCCAAUCGGAUGCUGAGCUCGGACUCGGGGGAGGAGCCUCUGGCGGGCUCGUUACCGUGGCAACAGGAGGAGGAGGAGACGCAGGCAGUGGCGUCAUCUCCAGACGGACGCUUCCUCAAGUUCAACAUCGAGAUCGGACGAGGAUCCUUCAAGACUGUCUACAAAGGUCUGGACACAGAGAACACGCUUGAGGUGGCCUGGUGCGAGCUGCAGACUCACCGCCUGACGAAAGCGGAGCGGCAGAGGUUCACUGAGGAGGUGGAGAUGCUGAAGGCUCUGCAGCACCCCAACAUCGUACGCUUCUUCGACUCCUGGAAGUCCACGCUGAGGGGCCACAAAUGUACCAUCCUGGUGACGGAGCUCAUGACGUCAGGGACCCUGAAGACGUACCUGCGCAGGUUCCGUCAGAUGAAGCUGAAGCUGUUACAGAGUUGGAGCUUCCAGAUACUGAAGGGUCUGCAGUUCCUGCACUCACGCUGCCCCCCCAUCCUGCACCGAGACCUCAAGUGCGACAACGUCUUCAUCACAGGGCCGAACGCCUCCGUCAAGAUCGGAGACCUCGGCCUCGCCACGCUCAAGAAGGCUUCGUUCGCCAAGAGCGUCAUCGGGACCCCGGAGUUCAUGGCUCCAGAGAUGUACGAGGAGAAGUACGACGAGGCUGUGGACGUUUACGCCUUCGGCAUGUGCAUCCUGGAGAUGGCCACGUCCGAGUAUCCGUACUCCGAGUGUCAGAACGCCGCCCAGAUCUACCGCAAGGUCACCAACGGAAUAAAACCCGACAGUUUCUCCAAAGUAAAAGUCCCAGAGCUGAAGGAGAUCAUCGAAGGCUGCAUCCGGACUGACAGCAGAGAGAGGUUUACAAUCCAGGACCUGCUGGAUCUGCGGUUCUUCCAGGAGCAGCUGGGCGUCCACGUGGACCUGGCGGAGGAGGACGACGGCUCCAAGGCAGCGCUGAAGCUUUGGCUUCGGAUGGACCACAACAAGAAGCUGCACGGGAAAUACAAAGACAACAACGCCAUCGAGUUCCUGUUCGAACUGUACAAAGACGUCCCGGAGGAGGUCGCUGUGGAGAUGGUGGUGCUGGGGUUUGUGUGCGAGGCGGACUAUAAGGUGGUCGCCAAGACGAUUAGACACCGAGUGACAGUCAUAAAGCGGCAGCGGGAGAAACUGCGCCGCCUGCAGGAGGACGCAGUGACUGAGGAGGACCCCGCCCCCCAGCUGACUGAACCUUCCAAUCAGAGACCUGCUGCUGGGCCACCAGCCAAUCAGCAGGACCACGCCCCUCCCGCCUGGAUACAAGCCACGCCCACAGCAACAGUGACAUCAUCGAGCAGCAGCCCGGUGGACUCUGGGAUCAGCAGCGUGUCCAGCAGGACGGGAGGAGAUGAGGAGGACGACAAGGCGGCCUCCCACGCCUCCCACUCCUCAGCCACAUGGGACUGGGAGCCGGACAGCUCCUUCAGCUCCUCAGGUGUCCCGGAGAAGGUCGAAACCACGCCCCCUCCCGUCACUCACCACUCCCCCCUCCCCUCUGGCCCCGCCCCUGCUCCGGUGGCUCAGGAAACCCCUCAACCUUGGGCUCCUUCUCCUGUGACCAGGGCUCACCCUAAAGCUCCACCCCUUCCUGUGCUGCGCUUCCCCAAGAGCAUCGCUGUGUCCCACAAUGCCGAGCGGCAGCCAUCUGGAUCCUUCUGUGGCUUCUCUUCACCUAUUGACAGCUGCACCUCUGAUGUGACCUCCGGUUUGAGUGACGGCACUGACGGCCAAUCAGACAAGGGCAACCAAGAAGUGACCAGACGGGCAGUGACGAAGCAUUUUAGGAGGAGAGCGAGGGCUCGUCUGAGAAUCACCGGGGUGUCUGACAUGGUGGACCGGGUUGUGGAGUGUCAGCUGCAGACUCACGACAAUAAGAUGGUGGCGUUUAAGUUCGACCUGGACGGAGACAAUCCAGAGGACAUCGCCUCUGUGAUGAUCCACAGAGACUUCAUCACGGCGUCAGAGCGAGAAGGGUUCAUCCUCCGCAUGUAUGACAUCAUCAACAGGGCGGAGUCUAUGAUGCAUCAGCAGCAGGUGGCUGACUCCGACAGGUUAUCUCAGCUGAAUGCUUCCACGCUGCCUGAGAGCGCCCCGAGCCUGCCAGCAGCCGGCCUCUCCAGGAAUCUGUCCUCGUCUUCACUACCUGACAUCACGGAUACCGAUCCCACCCCUUUAAAUGGCGGAGACUUCUACAUCGACCCUGAGGCCACACCCCCCGUCAGACCACUGAGAUCACAGUCUUUCCACACCUCCUCAGCCUCCUCACAUGAGCUCCCCCCCUUCCCCCGUCAGUACCCCCACCCAGACCCCGACCCCUUCCCCCCUCCCCCUCAGUAUCACCUCCCGUCUCCCCCUUACUCCCCCUACACCUCCCCCUCCCCUGGCCUCCCCCCGUCCCUCCUCACCCCUUCCUCAUCUUCCUCAGCCCCCCCUCCCCCCCCUCCUCACUGGCCCCCCCCUGACCAGCCUAUCUUCUCUCUGGCCAAUGUCUUUUCUCUUGCCAUGAGUGUGGCCCAGUCCUUCAUGCCCCCACCGGGGACCCCCAACCAGGGCUUUCACCCCCACCUCCAGCCCCUGUCUCCCCCAUUUCCCUCCCCCCUAUCUCCCCCCAUGUCCCCAUCCCUGAACCCGAAGCUCCAUCCUCCGAGUCAGGCCUCCUUCCCUGCUCCUUUCUCCUCCCAGAUGUCCUUCAGUCCCCCCACCCCUCAGACAGGCUCCACCCCCAACAGCCAGCAGGGGGCGCCACCCGGCCGGAUGCCUGGCACACCUCAGGACCAGGCUGUCGGUCCUGUUCAGCUGAAGGUCGGUGAAGCUCCGCCCCCUCGUGGUUCAGAGACUCCCAGUCCUCCCAGUUCCCCCAGUCCUCCCAGUGUCCAGAUGUCCUCCUCUGUCUCGCCAUCCCUUAGACUGUCCCCCAUCCAGGAGGUGAAGAAUCCUCCGGUCUUCACUGUCGGCCGUUUCCAGGUGACGCCCUUUAAAGACACCCCAGCUGUUCGUCACCUGGAGCCCCGCCCCCUCAGCCAGGCAACACCCACCGCCCACUCCCCACCUCCCUCUAGGGCGAGCCAAUCAGAGAGCUCUGAGAGCAGCACAGAGGAGCGUAGCCAAUCGGAGAGCAGUGUCUGCACGGUGAGCGUCUCCCCGGAGGCCAGAGGAGGAGAAGAAGAGGAGAGGAGGAGGGGGGCGGGGCAGAGACUGAGCCUCAGCCUGUGGGAGGGGCCAGCCGGCAGCUCCGGCCAAUUACGGAGCCGCUCGGCGCCGUAUGUCAGCUCCGACGAAUCGGAGAGCGAGAAGGAGGAGAUGUGGGUGGAGCUGGAGGAGCUCCGUGAAAGACACCUGGAGGAGGUGCUGAACCUGCAGGCCAAUCAGAAGCAAGAGAUCGAGGCGCUGUACGUGAGGAUGGGUAAAGCCCCGCCCCCUGGCAUCGUCCCCCCGGCCGCCAUGUUGAACCAGCGCCAGCGCCGCCUCUCCAAGAGCGGGAGCUUCCCCCCCCUGCGCAGAAACAGCCUGCAGAGACUGGAGGCGCCGCACCCUGCAGGCAUCAUGAGGAAGAACUCGGUCAGCGGCAGCAGCAGCGGCUCUCAGGGGAGAGGCGGGAAGGGCGUGACCUUCGCCCCCGGACACAGCGGCACGUGACCUGUUCCGACUGAAGACGACAAAGACAAUUUUCAUCAAACCUGCAGAAAUAUGAAAAUCAUUUUGCUAUAUUCACUUUGAUUCCAGAUUUUUUUCUGUUUUAUAUUUUGCCGUUUCAGCACUUUAUGCAGAAAACAAACAUUCUUAUUUUCACUGUUUGUCUUGUGAGGUUCUGCAGAUUCAACAUUAUUUUUUGAGGAUUUAUUUGUGAGAUUUCUGCGGAGAAAUAUUUAUAAUGUGACAUAAAGACUCAGAAGUCUCCUGCACUGAAUAUAACAUGUAAUAACUGCUUUAUAACAGCGUGAGCUGAAGAUUGUUUUAUAUAUUUACAGCUGCUUUCUAUUAAUUUAUGAUCUGUUGAGACACAACAGACAGAUACACACAUGAUAUUAUUAACUUUCUAUUACAUGUUUAUAUGCUGGUUAUAAAUUAUUAUAAUUUUGGAUCCACCAUGAGUCACAGUGUGAUUUAUUUAAAGAUCUUUUAUAGAAUGAAACACUGAGAGCUGAUGUGUAAAACAUUGUCUUGUUUCUUUGACAUCGAGAUUUCAUUCACGUUUGAAUUGUUUACAAAUGUGGAAAAUUAUGUUUAAAGCUUAAAUGUGUCUAUCUAAUAAAAAUGAGCCUGAAACA